AGUAGUAGCAGCACUCUGAGUGUUCACAUCAUGUAGACAACAGUUGAAGCAUGGCUCUGCUGCGGAGCGGGCUGUAAACAGCAGCUGACCCUCACACAGUCGCCACAAAUUAAUUCACAGGGUUUGAAAAACAGGAUUAAAGAGAUUUCUGGAUGACCGAGAGAGGAUGUAGCGGCUGGUCAGGUAACCCGUUUCUGGUCUGAGGUGCGUUUGGAAGUGUUGGGAUAAAUCCAGCUCUCUGCAUUGGACAAAACAGCAGCACCGAAUGGGACAUUCACCCUGGAGGCCAGAGGAGCACUAAAAAAGUGGGGCACUGUGCUGGAUUUGUUCAAAUUACCAGCUGUUUCUUUGCACAAAUAAAAAUAAAUCGGACUUCAGUUGAACCAUUCCAGGAGUAAAACAUUCCAGCCUGGCGCUACACGAGAAGAAGUUCUCCAAAUGAAGAAGAAGAAAACAUGGCUACAGUUCGGGGGUCACCACACUUAUCAGAUUAAAUGAGCGUCGCUGCUGAUUAAACGAACGCGCAGACAUGACCCACAACCUCAGCUCCAGAGUCGACACCCCCACCAACAUCUCCCUGAGCUCCCCCGUGGCUGUCUCCGACUCGCUGGAGUACAAGACCAUUUCGGUGUUCCUGGUCCUGCUGGUGUGCUGCGUUGGCAUCGUGGGGAACAUCAUGGUGGUCCUGGUGGUUUUCACCACGCGCCACAUGAGGACGCCCACCAACUGCUACCUGGUGAGCCUGGCCAUAGCCGACCUGACGGUGCUGGUGGCGGCUGGGCUGCCCAACGUGUCCGACAGCCUCACCGGGACCUGGAUCUACGGACACGCCGGGUGCCUGGGGAUCACCUACCUGCAGUACCUGGGCAUCAACGUGUCCUCGUGCUCCAUCACCGCAUUCACCGUGGAGAGGUAUAUUGCCAUCUGCCAUCCCAUCAAGGCUCAGACUGUGUGCACGGUGUCGCGGGCUAAACGGAUCAUAACGGGGGUCUGGAUCUUCACCUGUGUCUAUUGCAUGCUGUGGUUCUUCCUGGUGGACAUUCAGGUCGGCCAGGACGGACACGUGCAGUGUGGCUACAGAGUGAAGCGGGAGCUCUACCUGCCCAUCUACCUCAUCGACUUUGCCAUUUUCUACGUCAUCCCGCUGCUCCUCGCCAUCGUGCUGUACGGCCUGAUAGCGCGGGUGCUCUACCUCAGCCCUUUGCCGAGCCACACCGAAACCAGUGCCACCACACUCCGAAGGAGCUGCCGGGACACCUCGGAGGCGGGGAGGACGGGACGUCAGGGUCGCCCGAAGACGGCGGUCUCCUCCAGGAAGCAGGUGACGAAGAUGCUUGCUGUGGUGGUGAUUCUUUUCGCUCUGCUGUGGAUGCCCUACAGGACCCUAGUUCUGAUCAACUCCUUCGUGUCUACGCCCUACCUGGACUCCUGGUUCCUCCUGUUCUGUCGGACCUGCAUCUAUGCCAACAGCGCCAUAAACCCUGUGAUUUACAACGCCAUGUCUCAGAAGUUUCGCUCCGCUUUUCGAGGGCUUUACAGCUGCCAGCGACUGGAGGGAAAUCAGCGGACACUGUCGACCGCCCAGACCGGCUUCGGUACCCUCCGUGACCCUCGACACGGCCAGCAAAACAGCAACGACGCCAAUGAGAAGGAGAGGAGGGCCGUCCUGGAGGCUUCCUCUGAUUCGACGUCAAAGCACCAGGGAAGCGAACUCCGGGAGACGGUGACGGUGAACGGCAUGACGGCCGACCAUCAAACCGACUUUGGCCAUGAUCCCCCUUGUUUCUUAGGGGGUCCAGGGGAGACGGUGCUGGGCGGGGUUCAGGACUUAGAUCAGCCAAUUAACAAAACAGAUCAUUCUGGGGGCAGAAGUAAUGAUUUGCAGGCAACAAUAUAAAUACUUCCACAUUAUCAUACUGUACUAUGUUCAUAAAUACAUUUCCAAAUACCAAACGCAUUUAAGAUUGCUGCGAACAAGAAAUCCUUCCACAGUUGUUCUUAAAACACAUAUUUUAUUGUACGUAAAGUUUUUAUUCAACUUAUUUAUAAACACACACCACCAAAUUAGAUCUCAUAACAGGCCUGCGAUAGGCUAAAAAGUAUAAGUUAGAUUUCCGAAUUGAAGUAUUACUUUCAAAGGAACAAUAUCUGGAGGAAAAUGUGUUUCAUGACUCAGGUCAGCUUUCAAACAAUUAAACUUACGAUUGCACAAUUACGAAACUCCUUCUCUAUCAACAACAGUUUAGUGGAAUAAUGAAUGUGUGAGUUGAUCAACACCAGCAGGAAGAAAAUCUUUUCUUUCACUUAUGUGAUGGAAAUAGUUAAUUGCAAUGUGAAGGGAAGAAACAUCAGAAAUCCUAAUGUUAGUCACGUUGCAUUGAUUGGUUUUGGUACUUAUCCCUAAAUCGAUGUACCAUAAUCUAUUUCUGCAAUGCUACCAGAGUGCGGAGUAACAUAAAUGCCAUGAAAAGGCCAGAUAUUAGAGACCAGUUGUUGGUUUAUGCCCCCCAUAUUUAUGUCAUGUAUAAAAAUAAGCUUCUUAAAGGUUAGGGUUUAUUUGUCCUGUGUUGUAAAAAGAAACAAACUGUCCCUGUGUUGGUGCUAAAUUACAGCCUCCUGAAUUUUAUUGGUUUAAUUUGUGCAGCUCCUGUUAGGUCCCCCCAUCAGACUGGACAGACCCCGCUACAUUCUCCGUCACUUACCAGACCUCGGUUUGGACGGUGCUUAGUUCUUAAUACUUCCCACAUUAGGCACAGUUGUCCCAUUGCUUGUCAACUCGAACAGCGAACCAGCUAAUCACUUGGCAGCAUUUCAACGCAUUCAGCACUCCAGAUGCGUUAAAGAUGACUUACUGAAGUUCAACACGAGCAUCAAAAGGCAGAAGAAAAGGGAUUUCAUGAUUGUUGGUGCCAGAUGGACCGGCCUUAGUCUUUCAGAAACUAAAUAUCUGCUGGGAUUUUAAUGAACCACCAUUUAUCAGGUGUACAGGGAAUGGUCUGAAAAAGGAGACAAUGGGCAAGAAUGGGCAAACAGGUUUGAGGUGGUAGAAAAGCAACAGUCGCUCAACUAACGACUCAUUGCAACCAAAGUAAACAACAACAUGUCGAACCUGGUCCAAUAAGUCUCAAUUUCAGUUGCAUCUGGUGCAAACAUGAAAGCCUGGAUCCAUCCUGCCUUGUAUCAACGGUUCAGGAUGAAGGUGUAAUGAUGUGGGGCGCAUUUCCUUGGCCCUCUCUGAGCCCCUCAGAACCAACUGAGCCUCUUUUAUAGACCGCAGGCGACCUGAGUACUGUCGCCGAACACAUCUUUCCCAUUAUGACCGCGGCGUACCCAUCUUCCGAUGGCUGCUUCCAGCUGGAUUAUGCACCAUGCUGCAUUGCUCAGAUCUUUUCACAGAGAUGAACAACAGUUGUCUCAACAAUCACCAGAACUCAACCCAGCAGAGCACCUCUGUGACUAAAGUCAUGGAUGUGGAGCUGACCAAUCUGCAGCAACCUUGUGAUGCUAUCCUGUCAAUGAGGAACCUUUCUGACACCUUGAUGAAGAAUAAAGGAGGUUCCGAGGGCAAAAAGGGUCCAACCUACUAGCAAGGCGCACCUAUAAAGGGGCCAGUUGUUGUGUUUUCAUGCAUCAUGAACCUACCAUGAUGAUAGAACAAGGAGGGCCAUGAUCUCAGAUCCUGCCAAGGUGCAGGAGGCUGGUGGAAGAGCAUGCAUCGCUAAUGUGAUGUUACUGUCUUUGUUUACAGUGUCGACAGGAGGUCUUUAUCUCCAGACAAGCUUCAAAGCCACAUCCGUGUCCCACAUCAUGGACAGUUUGUCGCUCCACCCUGGACCUUGUCACACGGAUGAUAAACCACCUUGUUUUGGAAAUACUCCUGUGAGUGAAGAUCCUGCUGUGCUUUUAAUACCUCCCUGAAGACUUCACAUAAAUCCUGCAAAGACCCUCCACGUUCUGUUUUUUAACUACGUAGCGGGUCGUUUUUUUUUUUUUUCAGUUUGAAAGCACUUCUCAGUUGAUUUGGUGAAUUUCUAACAGAAGGAAAGAAGUUAAGCAUACUUUUGUAUAUAAUAUUUGUAUUUUAAUUUGCUUUACGUGUGAUGAAAGUUGAAAAUAACACAAGAAACAGAGACAUGAACUUAAGUCAGAUCUAUACAGAAACAUAUAGGUCUGUUAAGUCCAGCUUUUCUACUGUCGUUAAAGAAAUUGAACACCACGAUGACUUUUGGCAGCGUUUUCACCAUCUUUUCCAGUGAAUUUUGCUGUAUUUUCUUACUCUAGAUGGUUGAAAAUAAAAUUUUCAGGGACUUGUGUGGAAGCAAAUAAAGCUAAUAAAUAUUUAAAGUAAAAAGUUAAAAGAUUUAAAGAGCAUGUGUAAUAUUUAAAGACAUUUUUCUAUUUUAUUUUAUGUGUUGCACUCAAAAGUGGCAAUGUAUUGUAAUUUUUGCUGCUUAUUCCACAGCGGUGGAAAAAAGCUCGUACAAGAAAAAUAUCUAAAGUUUUCUCCUUGAUUGAAUACAGUGUGCUGUGAUGUUCGGUAAUUAUGCAAAUUAUGAUGCCAUGAAAUUUUCAAAAGACACAAAAAUGUCCUACUAUGAAAGUUUUCACAGUUUAUUCCUCAUGUUAGGGCCUCAGGAUGUCAAUCACAAUAGAUUUUGAUAAUAUAGAGUAUUUUAAACAUUUUUUUAUGAUCAGGUCUUAUAGUUAAACAUUUGUUGAUUGGAUAAAUAUUUAAGAAAAUUAUUUGCUUCCAUAACCAUGUCCCAUCAGUCAGCGUUCCCUUUAAUAGUUGACGCCCGUCACCUCGUGACCUGUUUUGCAUGCUCGUGUGCAUUUUAAACCGUGUUCAGGGAUAUUUUCUGUCUGGUGUCAUACUUGGUGUCUUUGACUUCCCCCCUACGAAGAUUCAGUCACUUUACGAACAUUUUACCUUGUUUGUUGGUAAAUAAAAGAUGUGAAGGUAAAAAUGCUGUAAAUAUGGGCAUGUACAUAGAUGUAAAGCUGGAAAUUAGAAACUUUCUCUGGUAACUUGGAUUUAUCAGUGUAAAUGGUGUACAGCAAUGUUUAAAUUUUGUUAUCUGACUGACUGCAUGUCCGUUGACCCUGCUGGUGAAGUUAACAGUUUUGUAAUAAUGUGUGUAUCUUAAUUUUCCCAGAUGUUUGCCUUAUUGUCGCUAAAAAAAAUACCCUGUUAUUCAUUAAUUUAGUUGCAGUUGCAGAUUGUAUAAAAUCAGUUUCCCAUUGCUACAGCACCAAUGAUUUUCAACUCAAACAAAUGUCUCAAAACAUUCACACAUGGAUUCAUCAAGUAAUUCUCAGUUAAUGCGUCAUUAAGCUGCAUAAAUUUAACUUAAAGCUGCUAAAUGCUCUCAAAUGUUUACAGUCUGAAUUUUAAGCUACAAAAUGUGGAUGGAAACUGUUAGCUGAAAUGAGCUACUCAGCUCAAUAUAGAGGUGAAUAUAAAAAGUAUUUUUUAUCCAUACCAAUAGGAUUUUCCCCAUUAUGCAAUAAACUCACUAGAGUUCAAUAAAAUAAUAAAACAAACAGAUUUCAGUUUUACACCAGAAAGACAGAAACUGCCUUAUCCUGUUGUGUUGCUAUAUUAAAGUGAUGAUAAACUGUCAGUCCUGUGAAGUGUUAACUCCCUUUGUUGUCACACUUAAACGUUUCAAACAAAUAUCAGACUAGAUUACUUGAUCGAAUAGAAAUCCAUUACAACUUUUUGUUUUAUUGUUUUAUUUCAGCCAUAUUGGAGGGUUUUGACCAAGAACAUCUUGUUUAAAUUGAUUGGUUUGGAUAGCUUUCCCCCCUGAUAAAUAAAAGCAUUGGUUGAAAACUGCAUUUACUCAGGUUAUCUUUGAUUUUAUCGUUUGUUUGGUCAGAAACGUUUAAAUAUGAAAGCAACUUGAAAAGAGACAAAGACCUUUCUUUACUAUAUCAGCACAUUCCCAACAUGUCAAACUCACAUGGAAACACAAGAGGAAACGGUACAAUUAAAAAUGAUAAAUAUGGUGGUCUUACAGAUGAACUACUUUAUCUUUAUCUUUUUGAGUACAGGCUCGAAACCCUCAGGUUUCACACACAGCCGGAGAACAUCUAAGUAAGAUAAAAUGAAGACUCUAAGGUAAAACUGUAU